CAGCGUGUAAAUCAUCGUUCGCGAACACUCUUUCGCAUUUUUUCUUCCUUUGAGCGUGACAGCCGCUGGCGUUUCUAUGUCAAGUGAGCUUCGGCUAUGACGAAUUUUUUAACUUAUCUGAGUCUCAAGAGUUUGCUGUAAGAGAUUCAUUUCCUUUCGAGUGCUUGUUAUGAGUGAUACGUAAAGUGAAGUGGGUAGAUAUGUAAUUUUGAGUCUAAUUAAAAUUUUAGAUUAAGAUUUCAAAAAAAUAUUAAUUUAAAGGGAAAUUGUAAGACUUCUCGCGAUGCACAUCGCAUGAGAGAUGCGAAGUCAUUGUAUUUAAAAGCAACUCUUCCGUCUAUUUCCGUUGAAUUAUGCGAUCCGAUGACUGACGUCUUUCUCAUGCAAAAACGUGCUUUAAUGUUGUUAUCAGGAAUCGUGAGGUAGCGAAUGGCGAUGUUUGCAAACGAAAAACGAGAAACAGAGAUAAUCUCUGAGAUCCGAGAUUUUGAGUAUGACGCGAGUCCAUGAAGGAUGCUGAGCGAACGAAAGAUAAAAACGAGUUCGCAGUCAUCUUGCUUCUAAGAAGAACGAAAAAAUUCACAACAACAAGAGAAUCGACGAGAAUAACGUCGCUUUCCAUGAAGGAAAAUAUUCACAAUUGCAUUGCAGAAAAUCCGAAAUGCAAUCUUCACUCGCAAGAACGAUCUCCACGGAAGAGAAACUGAGAAGUGAUACAUUGUUGUAUUUGAAAGAGAUAAUAUGUUCAAUCUGAACCGGAUCUCAAUGUACUCGAUAUCAAAUUAAUGUCGCAUCGAAGAGUACAGUGAUCGACAAAGUACAUAAGAGCGAAAUCAUAUAUAUAAAGAGAGUGUAAUAACUUACGAUCGUUGUGUCCAAGAUGGAUCCUACACCCGAAAUGGACGAUGUAUCAUCCACAUCGAAUGUUGCGAGUAGAUUUAACAUUAUACCCAAAAUUGAGAUAACACCGAAUGUCACGUCCACGAUUGAUGUCGCGCCCGAGACGGAAAGAAUGGAAAAGAAUCCCGCUGACGACGUAAUUAAAGUCGAUGCUACGGAGCCUGAAAUUCACGUGAUGUCUAACGCGGAGACGUCUAAUAAAGUAGACGAGAUGUCCACCGAUAAAUCUUCCGAUAUUACCGCGCCUUCCAAAAAACCGCGCCGGAAGGCGCGUGCGGAUCAACGAGAAAGACGUCAUUCUAUCGCGGCGUUAGAUCGAUCUGUGUUAAAAUAUAAAUCCGAGAGGGACCUCGUUGAGACGGAAAGUGACACUAUAUCGAACAGCGCCGGUGUUUUGGCGUCGGAUGACAGUUUCCUCGGAAAUAUUCAACGCGAGGAGAGUUUGAGAAAGUCAAGUUCUGUCGCCAGUGAGGCAUCGAAGAUCCAAACGUCCGCGAUUGAAAGUCCCGCAAGGGUGAAACGGGCCGAAGAACCGUUUGACAGGGCGACUUCCGAAACUACGGAGGACGUUCUUGAAAACGAGAAGUCAAAGCUGGAGAGAGCGUCGGCGAUGAUAGGAGUUUGGAAGGCGCGAAUAACCGAAGGGUCGUCCACCGAAAGUCUGUCCGGGAUCAAGAAGAGGAAGGCCAAGGGUUCAUUAAGAAGUUCUCUAAAGCGGAAAGUGGAAUUGAUAGAGAGGAUACUGGAAGAUCAGGUGGAACAGAUUUGGGAGGAGAACAGGGAGAAACAUAAGUGGCUUCAACCGAUCGAGACGUGGAUCGUCGAUCAUUGCAAGCCUUCCAUCAGUUACACGUUAACACACAGUGAUGACGCAUCCGUUAGCUUGACGGACGUCGAUCAAAACGCUGUGCCGGAACCCACGUACGAUUUCAAGUUUACGCCAGCGAAGGGAGAAAACGAGGAGCCGAAACUUGAGAGCAGAUUGAUGGAAAAUCAAUUGGCCGCGAGGAUCGACGAGCCGAGGAUCGAGCCCCGAGUGAUCGAGCAUUUGCGAAAAUUGCGAAAUCGAUCUGCUUCGCCAAAAUCGGAUCGAUUCGAACCGGCGAGUUUGAUUACGCAACCAGACAAGCAGGAAACUGUUUCCCCACACGUGGAAAACAGAGAAGAAAACUCAGACGUUUUAGACGAUCCUGGCAUCUUGGAAGUGAAGGAGAUCAAACGUUAUGAUUUUCUGGACAAAUUGAAGGACAAUGUUAAAGAAAAAAUAGAGGAUAUUUACAGGUAUUUUCAGAGAACUAAUCGAUUGGCGGACGUGAAUAGACGGCUGAAAUCGCAGAUAUGGAGUUCGGUGGUGACAAUUGUACUUGUGGAGGCAAAGAAUUUAUUGCCGAUGGACAUAGACGGUUUAUCGGAUCCUUACGUGAAGUUUCGGCUCGGCACGGAGAAAUACAAGUCGAAAGUCGUUAACAAAACAUUGAAUCCAAUUUGGUUGGAGCAGUUUGACCUGCACCUCUACGAGGACCCGUAUCUGGGACAAGAGUUGGAGGUGACGGUUUGGGAUAGAGAUAAAAGUCAUCAGGACGAUCUGAUGGGCAAGACGGUGAUCAAUCUGGCGAUUCUCGAGCGCGAGACCACGCAUCGAUUAUGGCGCGAGCUCGAGGACGGGGCCGGCAGUAUUUUUUUACUGUUGACAAUAAGCGGUACCACGGCCAGCGAGACAAUCAGCGAUUUGGCAGCGCACGAGGAAACGCCGGUGGAACACGCACAAUUAGUCCAACGAUAUGCCAUCAUGAAUACAUUGCAGAGGAUACGUGACGUAGGUCACCUGACAGUGAAGGUAUACCGUGCGCAAGGUCUUGCAGCUGCUGAUCUCGGCGGUAAAAGCGACCCUUUCUGCGUUCUGGAGCUCGUAAAUGCCAGAUUGCAAACUCAAACGGAAUAUAAAACGCUCGCGCCGAAUUGGCAAAAAAUUUUCACCUUCAAUGUAAAGGACAUCAAUUCCGUCCUGGAGGUGACAGUAUAUGAUGAAGAUCGAGAUCAUAAGGUGGAGUUUCUUGGAAAGGUAGCGAUACCGUUGUUAAAAAUUCGCAACGGCGAGAAACGGUGGUACGCGUUGAAAGAUAAGAAAUUGAGGGGCCGUGCGAAGGGUAACUGCCCUCAGAUUCUUUUGGAGAUGACCGUCAUAUGGAACAUAUUCAGGGCGUGCAUUAGAACGCUCAAUCCGAAGGAAAAGAAAUAUAUGGAGCCAGAGGUGAAAUUCAAAAGACAAGUCUUUCUGCGAAACGUUCUCAGGCUCAAAGCUAUUAUCGUAAUUUUCAUCGACAUAGGAAAAUACAUACAGAGCUGCUGGGAAUGGGAAAACAAGAUGAGAAGCGUCUUUGCUCUGGUAAUUUUUAUUUUUGGAUGUUACUACUUCGAGCCAUAUAUGAUACCGGGCGUGGCAUUAUUGAUUCUUCUGAAGUAUUAUCUGCUUAGCGGCGAGAGGAGCGGGUUCAAUCAUUGGAUUUGCGGACAGGUCGCUGUGGUGACGGGCGCUCCUUUGAUUUACGCGACUUCGCAGUUUCAAGAUCACUCCGAGAUCGGGUCUGACGAUUGUCCGCCGACGCCGGGAGAUGACGACGAUGACGAGGACGACAAAGAUAAAGAGGAAAAGAAAAGUCUGAAGGAGCGUUUACAGGCGAUUCAAGAAGUGACGCAGACAGUUCAAAACUCGAUCGGUUACAUAGCCAGCCUUUGCGAGAAGGUGAAGAAUCUCUUCAAUUUCACGAUCCCCUAUUUAAGCUACCUGGCGAUGAUUCUGGCGAUCGCCGGGGCGGUCGUGCUCUAUUUCAUUCCUGUCCGGUAUUUAAUCCUCGCCUGGGGAGUCAAUAAGUUCUCUAGGAAAAUCCUCAGGCCUCACUCCGUACCCAACAACGAGCUCCUCGAUCUUAUAUCCAGAGUGCCUGACGACGAAGAGUUGCUUAAUUAUAGAGAACUGAAACCCGUGCCGACAGCGGAUUGCGAGAAAGGCGGUACCUCGGGCAGUCCCGGUUCGAGCACGGCGAGAAGAGAACAAAGAAAGAGGCACAAAGCGGCGUAGCAGAAUUUCCCGCGGCCGGAUGUCGCGGGUCCAAGGUCGUCCAGUAUCCUUAAAUCGGUCCUGCUGCGCCGGAAAUUGCGACAGCGAAAGGGAUCAGCGGAAAAUACGGAUGUGAUCGACAUAGACUGAAUAUUCGUUCAUUUUGUACCCUCCCUCGGUCGUGAGAGCUUCGAAUCUAACGUCAGUCGUUAGCGAAGAUAGUGUGCCUCGAAGGAGAGAAAGAGAGAGAGAAGAGAAGAGAGAGAGAGAAUGCGAUAAAAAUGUAAAAAUUAAUGACAAGUUUUAACACCGAAAGAGAAUAACAAAAUUGGGUUGUACAUUUAUUACGUGAAAAACGAGACGCUUUUAUUGCGCAGGAUAUUACGCGAUAUAUAUAAAAAAAACAAUUGAUAUGUCUUCGAAGAAUGUAUCGUUGAAAGAGAAGGACACGAUUAUAUGUUGGAAUAUGUAUCGUCAGAUAUCGUAUGGAAUACAAAACGCGCAUUAUAAAAUUACAAAUAUGUAAUUGUCAAAUUACAAAUAUGUCUGAUGCAUUGAAAAUGUGUAUAUAUAAAUACAAAUUGUACAUUGAAAGAUGACGAUAAAAUCGCUAUUGUCAUUAUGAUAAAUUAUACUAUCUCAUGAUUCGUUUUUGCAAAUAAUUUCUCAUAGCACAGAACAUUUCGACAAUAUUGCAACAACGUUGCGACAUUUCUGUAAUAUUGCCAGAAUGUUUUGUGCUGUCUAGCAUACUUGAUAAUUUUUUAAAGAUAUGUGCUCAUUAAUAGUUUUUUUCAUCAAUUGAAUAAAUUGAAAAAAGUAAAUUGAGAAUAAAAUACUAUAUUCUGAAUUUUUUUUAAUACCAAUACACGAUAGUAAACACCUUUAAUUCGGAUUGUUUGGAUUUCUAUGUUCUGACAAUAUGUGAAAAAUGUAAGAACACGAUCAGGGAAGAAGUUUGCAAAAUGUAUCGAUUUUGUUAUCUUUUUUAUAUAAUACUAUCGUUUCAAAGUGCAAAUAAAAUUAAGUGUAAAGUUCCUAUAAUCGAGUCUUUAAAAAUGCAAAAGUUCAGGAUGCAGAUUUAUAAAAUAAAGACAUGUGAAGAUUCGAAGAUCAUAAAAAUAAAAUUAAGAUUGUAAGCAUUUGAAAAUUUUUAUUGAAAAAUUUAAGUAGAAAUGAGAGAUUUAUGUAUUGUAAAUCGCCACGAAGAAAUUUUCUCAAUUUUCUUGAAAUUCAAAAGUAAAUCGAGCAACUUCUUCUCUGAUCAUACGAUUCAUAGAUAACGAGAUUGUGACUUCUUUAAGAUAACAGAGAGAGAAAGAGAGAAA